AUGUCAGUGGUAGCCGCCACUAAGAAGGGCGCAGUGGCCGACACCCUGCGCCGCUCGCAGGUAGCGGAGAACAUCUUCAGUGCACAGGACCAGACUAUGCGUCAGCAAGAACAGAUCGCACAUAUGACCGAAGAGAACGAUCAAAUCAAGAAAGAAAUCAAUUCUAUGUCUGGUGCACAUUAUGACUACGUCAAGGCCGAUAAGCUGGCGUCAUUGCAGAGCGACGUUGACGGGCUGGAGCGCCGCUACCAGUUUGAGAAGAUGCGCAAGAACGAUCUGACAAAGCGAUAUCAGCUGGCUCGCAUCGACCUUCUUCACAGUCGCAGGAUGAAGGGUGGCAUCAAUGUAGAAAAGGAACAGGCAGCGGCGGUGCAGCGCCAGGUCGACAUUCUGGAGAGCCGGCUGGAUCAAACGUUAGGUCAGUUCAACGAUGCUCUGUCGUACAACAAGGAGCUGCGUGACCGCAUCGACGUCAUCCGAGAGGAGCGUCGCGUGUUCCUGCGCGUGCACAAGCGCAUGGAGGACGAUUUAAAGGCGAAGAAACGCCUCAUGGCCGAGCAUAUCGAAAAGUCGAACAGGGAUAUGGACGAUCGUGACGCGCAGCUGCGCGAGGUGGAGCGGCUGCGCGUCGCGCUGGUCGAGCAGCGCCAGGCCUACACCAAGCAACUGCACGACCUGGACACAGCUAUGAUGGACAUCAAGGCCAUGCGCGAGGAGCAGACGGAGAUGCAGCUGGAGCUGGAGGCGCGUGAGUACGAGUUCGAGGAGCGCAUGAGUGACGCCAACGUCGCCCGCGCUCAGGAAGAGGCGGACACUUCCCGGCGAGCAAUGGGUGCAUCAGCCUCCAGCAAUGGCGAAGAGCCUACCUCCACGACCUGUGGGGAAGGCCACGACGGCGUACAGAAUGUGAUAUCUGUGGAGAAAGAGGCGAUGUCCAUCACCAGCAUUCUUGCUCAGAUCAAGGACGCCCUGCAGUCGGACGAUAUCGACGGGGUGCGCGCCAAUUACUUGCACACUGGGGACCUGAACUUCUCCAUGUACAAGUACGUCAACGAGCUGUCCGCCAAGAAGGAGGCUCUGAAGGACAGCAUCCGUGACCUUCAGCGUCUUCUGAGCGAGGAAGACGACAGCGAGCGUCAGCACCGCGCUCUCAUCAAGCGUCUCGAGGAGGAGCUGGCAGGCACGGAGUCCAAGCUGGACGAGAUGAACUACGCGACUCUACAGCUGAGCGACGCCGUGCAGCGUACCGCAGCCACGGCCGAGGAUGUCUAUGCGCAUAUCGGGUGCCCGAAGAUGGCCGAUGGCGCUGUGGAGAGUGAGGAGAGGUGCACGGAGGCCAACAUGAAGCAGUUCCUCGGCAGAGUUGAGGAGCGUGCCACGCACAUCUUGAUUGCCUUCCAGCGCCACCACCAAUUGUCCACGUACUCGCGCGUCUCGGCGUCGUCGUCUCUGCGCGCCAUUCGCGAACCUCAGUUGUCGAAGGAGGCCGUGCAGACCUUGGAGGAGGGGGAGGUCGCUUUGACUGCCAACACAACUGACUCCUCACACGGCGAAGCGCUGCAGAUGGCAGAGGGCUGGGAGGCGGAGGAGGUGGUGCCAAUAAUGCCGGUUGCUCCUCAGACAGCCCAUAGCGCCGUGUCAGCACGCAGUCUUGUGUGCAUGAUGGAGCUGCCCAGUGCCAGCCUGGCUGGCGGGACGACGGAUCGCGACAACAACCUGUACGCUGACCAGGAUGACGAUCACAUCGUCUCGCACGAGGACAUCCGCAAGCAGAUGGAGGCCCGCCUGACUACGAUGCGCGAACGUGAGGAGCGCAACCAGCGAAAGAAGAAGGAUGCGGUUCAGAAGGCCAGGUAG